UAUUCCCUCGCCGCGGCAAAAAAAAUUGAUCUUUCGUGAUUGAUGCGGUCGCAGUGUGCUCCAGGUCUAGGACCAAUCUUGCAAUUACUAGUAUUUUUUGACCGUUAUUUUUCUUACCAGCUGAGUAUCGAUUCUGUUGUUCCAUUGUUUUCAGCUGCGAGUAGACGUAUUUGCAGACCGCGAGGUAUUGCACUGACACCGAGCUCUCCAUCGUGCUGGUGGCGGUGUUGACGCCAGUCUUUGUGCGGGUUAACACCAGUCAGUCUUACUUCGAAAUGGCCGCCGUUUUCAAUGGCGCGGUCGGCCGGUUUUGUUUUCUCUAUGGGGCGGUGGAGUAUGUUGCGGGGGUGCGGGUGCCUGAAGAUUGGGUGGGGCGAACUGUCGUGGGCAUUCGGAACGAGUACCUGCCGCAAGAGGUCCCGGCUGGAGACCGGGAGCCGAUAGAUUUUACCGGCGAUGCGGCCAGGAUGCAGCAGAAUUCAGAUGCCUUCGGGGGGCAGCAUCCCACGUACCGCCGGCAAUUACCCGGCGACUUCGUGCCCGCCCCGAUGGCUACGGUGGAUGGGCAGGUCUACCAGAACAUCGUUGAGAAUAUGCAGAAUCUUCGGGACGCCGGCCAGCGCUACCCCGCGAGCCGUGUUGUCCAGUCGAAAAGUGGUGCGAGAUUUGGCGCGGGUGGUGCUGCUGGCCGGGGGUCAUCCUCUCGGCAACAAGAAGUCCAGCGCUACAGUGCCUGGGGUGCAGCUGGCAAUCCUUUUCUCCUCCAGGAACAACAUCAACAAGGCAACUUCAACUACUGGCCUCAGCCGCGGCGCACACCGGCGCCCUUGGCUGUGCCAGAACACCAUGCCCGGAUCGGUGGACAACUCAUCCUCCGACCCCCGCCUCCUGCUGCGCACAUGAUUGCUCCGGAUGUGGGGCCCAUGGUCGCGGCCUCUCCGGAAUCCUCGCCGCCACCCACGGUCCCGCAGGAACAGGUCACGCCCCGGCGCCCACCUGCGCUGUUGCUGCACCAUCACCAAAUACCCUAUCCCUUCCCGGCUGUUGCGCAGAUUGAACAGCAACAGACUCCUCUUCGUCCGGUCGUUGAUGUCCGGGGAAUCCAGCGGCACCUCGGGCGGCAGGCACCAAGGCACGUGCCGCUAGCGGUGCAACAGCCAUUCCUCCACCACCCUCCUGCUCCUGUCGCAGAUGUAGUUGUGCCGUCGCCAAUCUUGAAUCGCGAUCAGGCGGCAGCACCUCCAGACAACGCUGGCAAUGAAGUACCUGCCGCUCCUGAAGACACCAGUGCGCAACAGGAACAGCCUGCAGCUCUGACGGAAGAUGAACAUCAGCAAGUGAUGAACACGCCUCCAGUGCCUUCUGGGCUGAGAGGAACUACAAGUACCGACCCAGCACACGGCAGCAGCGCGGCGGUGCCCAAGCCACCUGCGAACGUUGCCGAGGAUCAUCGUGUAGUCGUUGGCCGCAACGCGGUAACCAGGGAGCCUGUGUACGGCUGGGGUGCACAAAGUCGAGUAGCUUUGCAGAACGCCUCCGGACGGCAAAGUUCUGGUGAGCAGCAGUUGUCCUCGACCACGACUACGACUUCUCGUGAUAUCCCUGCACAAGAAGCACAACCACAACGCGCACUGGUAGCGGCACGCCAGCAGUCGCGCUUUCUGGACCACAGAGAGAACAAUCAUGCGCACGCGGCUGGUGCACAACUCCGUCCUGCAGCAGCUGCACAACCCCGCGUGAUCCUCCAGGACUUGCGACCCGUGCUACUGCGACCACCGGCUUCGAUGGCACCACAGCCAGCGUUGCCUACUCUGGGGGCCCACCCAGAACUCGUGCCCGAGAUUAACUUUCAUCGUACGCCAGUGCGAGGCGCAGUAGCUCCCACCGGUGCUUCCCGCAGCCGGUUUCCCGGAGCGAAUAAUUACCCCGGGGAUCAUUAUGCCGGCGGCGCCUUGUUUCCUCGUGCAGCACCGGCACUACCGGGAUUUCCGGGCGGGGCCCACGGACCCGUCAGUAGAGAAGAAGUUGUGGGACACAACCGACAAGUGUACCAGCACCAACACAACGUCGCCCCCUGGUGGUUACCGGCUCCGUAUCCCGUCCAGCAACACCAGGGAGUGGGUUUUUCGCCAUCUGGGGUAGCGGCACCGAUGGCCGCCGCAGCUCCGGCAGGACGGAGACUAGCGCCAGACGGCGCCGAGUGGUUGUUUCCAGUGCAACCCGCUGGCGCGACGGACUUGGUGCCUGCUUUGCCCAUUCAUUCACACUUUCACCCAGCCCCGCUGUUCCGCCCCCCGCCCAGGAUGGACGACUGAAACAAGCAACACUCAUUUUUGGAAAAUAAAGAGAAAGUUUAGCUGUGUUAUAGAAACAAAUGAAUCUUUUUUUGGAUCGCCUUCUACUUCUUCUUCUUUUUGGUUUGCAAUGACAGACUGUAGGCGUGCAUCAGCCAGAGCUGCGGUUGUUUUGCCGUCCUUUUUACAUACAGCAGGUACCUCUAAGCAACAAGAUAUCUUCUAUGACAAUACAGGAGGAACGUGUUGUAUGAAUGUCAGCUAAUGCUCAAUGGGGGCCGAGAUUUUCGUACUUUUUUUGUAUUUAUCUAAUUUAUUAUACUGUGUGGGUGACGUCGCGUUUGUAGCAGUAUGAAUCUCGAUUGCGAGCAUGUUUCAGUACUUACAGACUCUCUCAGAAAAUGCAUCUUUUUCUUUUGCGAAAUGAAAACUUUAACUUUGGCGUUGAUACCGUGCUACGGAAAUGAAUCUGGAAAAAAUAGGCUCUACUUGACAAAUAUAUAUAAGCCAAGGUCGAGCGCUACUAC